GCCAUUCGCUGCCAUUGAUUCAUAACCAUCUCACCUGCACCUCACCUCCAAUCUCCAUCCACCGAUUUUCCUCUUUUCUAGGGGACCGCCCCGUCUCCCCGUACGGCCCGCAGUCACACUUUACAAAGAACACAGUCUCCUUGGCAUACCUCCAAACGAAUCCAAGCCAGACCCUGCAUGGAUAUCUGAAUCAGUACCUGACUACCUCGAUCCUUGGAAAUACCACCACACUGCCAUCCCAGGUCGUCGCGACAAAAGAAUCGCCACCUCACAGACCGUCCUCAGCCGCCCCUUCCUCUAGCUUUCCACUCACUCAAUCCCGCGACAUAUCACCGCGCCUCUCACGUUGGCAUAUAACAAGCAUGGUUUGAAGAUAUUGGCCCCCACAUCAGAUUCGUAGGCCGUCUGGGUACUCGUUUUGCCUUCUUUUGGUCUACCACACCUUGGAAUCAUGGUCAUAAUGAACCGGUCGCAUCUACUACAAAACACAGACAAUACUAGAAACCAGCCAUACGUGCCAUCUUACAGCUAGUUGCACACAACCACACAGCUUUUUCGGUUGCACCCCGACGGUUUCUCGCCAAACCUCCGUCCGAGUCAUCAUGGCAAUCUGGCCAUUUCGGCGAAAAAGCCGUAAGAGGCGUUCUCGCCCCGCCACGACGGAUUUCGAUGGGCACCGAGAUGCUACCCAAAUAGGCCAAGCUUCGACAGCGGAACAGGCAAAGACAGGGCAGGAUCGAGCGGAUCCUCACAAGCUUCCACGAAGAGCACGCACCUACAGCUUCUCCCCUGGUCGCAACGAUUCGAUUAAACUUGGGCGGAAGAUGAGCGUGGAAGGAAAAUGGAGAGUCACGGGAUUAGCAGCCAACUCCCAGGGGCCCACCAACACUGAACUAGGUCGGAACGUUUUCUUUCGCGUGCCCACUCUCCAUAACAAACGCGACGGCGAGGACCUACUACGAAAGAAAUCGAGCAAGAAGAGGCGGAGGGAAGAUCGUGCGCGGGAGGCAGAGAUCAAAGCAAUGAGCGCAUAUGUGCCUGUUCGAGCAGCAACCGAGGACUGGAUGGCAGGACGCCCCAUGAAGAAGGACAGCAAGAAAAUCAAGAAUGGUCUUGGAUUCCGGGGUCAGAGGUCCUCCGACGUGUCCUUACCCGUACGCGAAUCCCUCAACUCGGCCUUUUCAUCCGACUCCGAGCAGAUCGCCUACAAAGUCUCGGCAUUCGAAGCACUCGCUCCCAGGCCAACCCUUCGAUAUUCUACACAUCCGCGACAGGGCUCUUCACAUGGCGAGGUUGACGCAUCAGGGCUUGCCAAGAAACCUUCACAGCGCCAGAAGAGGCUCGUAGAACCCAUACCAGAGGCGACACUGAAGGCACAUAAACGUGUUGACGACCUCGCUAAUGAUCUAAGCGCGAGUGAUCUUCGCGAGUUGAUGGAGCGAGAUCGGCGACGGCGCGAACGGAGACAGCAGCGAGAACAGGAAAAGGCGCAAACGAAACUAGCCGAACGGGUGGAAAAGCAGCGCGCUGAUGAGAAUGACGCGCAGAAGGAAGGCAGGGAGUCUCCUCCAAACCUGGAGAGAGGCGUUCUUGGCCGUGAGGCCGUGGGUUUGGGGAUCGACCCUGCGUCUGCGGUGGUAACGUCAUCAAGGAUUCGUAAAUCGGAUGAGCUUUCAAGAUCAGCAAGAAAGCGAUCGAGGGAAGAAUUCAACGAAGGAAAAGACGAGGAAAAUAUGCGACCACACCCACUGAGAUCUUUCCAUCGCACGGAAAGCAUUCCGAUCGAGACUCCCACUUCCGCCCUCGGGCCAGAAGCCCCUGGCUUAGCCAAUUCACAUUCAAGGGGUUUCUUCUUUAGCCCGAAUGGUCGAUCGUCUCGACAAGCCUCCUCGGCCAAAACGGAGCACUCGGAACAGAUGCGGAGAGGGUCGGAGACCAGUGGCUCCAGAGGACCGAUAUCAUGGGCAUCCAUCUUCAGGUGGGGGAACAGAAACAGACGAAGCUCCGGUGGGCCGUCUUCGUUCUCCAACACGUCGCGCGACUCGAUGCAAACACCACAACUACAGGUGCCAACACCCCCAUCCAAUUUCACCCCGCGACGGGUUAGCUCGGGAGUACCGAAGCGCACGAAAUCGCGCUUCCGUGAAGAUCUUCCCGAGCUCCCAAUCACGCCACCAGGAUCCAGGAUACACUUAAACGAGGGUGAUUCGAUUCCCCCCACGAUCGCCGAGGCGUCUCCCAACCCAAACAACGAUGUCGAUCCCUUAGGAGUAACGACAUCGGAGAAUGGCCCUAGAUACGAGACACCAACGUCAUCAGAACAGAGAUCUGUGGACGCACUCCGUAAUACGCCCUCCUCCUUCGGCCACCCCGAUGAGCGUAACAUGACCCCCGAACCGCAGACCAUGUCGCUUGCCUCCAUAGAUUCUGAGGCGUCAUGGCUAUCCGGACGCUUUUCAGCGAAGAGGCGAAAGUCAUCAAGUCUCAUGAGGUCAUCAACACCAUAUAGGCAGCUUCCUCGGACAUUAGAGCCGGAUAACGAGAUUCAGGAUGGACAUUCGCCCGAGCAUGAACACCUAAAUGAGGAAUCAUCCAUCGUGGAUGAUGAUUAUCUAUCCCGUGUUGCACGUCCUAGUGGAGAACGUCCUGGAUGGAACCGGCAAUCCAGUGGGGAGGCUCGCGCAUCAAGUGAUUGGGAGGAGGAACCUCAUUGGGGAUCUGUCAGGGAAGGGCAACCCGUUGUCAUUCACGGUCAUCCUGCCAAUGUCCGAACGAAAAGCUUUGAAGGAUAUCUCAAUUUCUUGGGCGAUACGCAUACUCCCGAGGCAAGCCCUGAACACUCGGACACCUUGGGGGAUGUGAAAUACGAGGAGAUUCGGCGAGCGACCAGCGUGAAUCUGGGCAAGGGACACGCACGACACAUCAGCGCCGGCAGCGCUCGGCUACUGUCCCUGUCCCCGCGUUCUUCCACCGAUAAACGGAGGAGUCUACCACCGAAACCCCUGGAUGACUCGGCAGCGCAAGCAGCUGGAGUCGAGAAGCAGUGAGUGGGCGAUAUGUAGUGGUUAUGACUGGCUGAUCCCGCGAGAUACCCCACCCUCGUUUUGAUUUGUUUUGUCUUGUUCAUCACAUUUUGUGAAGGCGCCAUCUUCUCACUUACCGAUUACCAUUCACUCGUUGGAGACGCUUUCCCUUUGUUCUUCGCACUGCACUACACCACAUCACAAAAAGUACCCCAUUGCCCUUUUGUCAUUGACAAAACCCCCCAUAUUCUCGCACAGAUCAGCCACCUCCAACUCUACGUUUCGCUCACUCCUUUCUUGCAUGGCUCUGGCUUACAAUGCCUCGGUCGCCAUGGUGGUUUCUGAGACAAAACUAAGGUCGUGAUCACUUAAUCACGCCUGCGCUUGGUCAUUUAUGCCAUUGCUCCACAACCAUGGAUGUGUUGGAAUAUCGCUUUUUAAUAUUGGGCAUCGCUUUUGUUUCUUCUCAAAUCCUUUUAUUCACGGAAUGCUUUGUUUUUGCUUUUACUUUGAUACCAGAUAGGAUACCCCCAAGGAAGCGCAUGGAAGUCAGGCAAGCAAGGAGGGAGACAAUGAAGGGAGGGUAUAUGGCAAAACAGAACCAUUUAGGAGCGUUAUAUAUCCAGGGGACAUGGCAAGGAAAGACAGAUAGAUAGAUAGAUGGAUGGAUGAAUAAUUAUCUAUCGAUUGCUUUCCUUGGCUCUACUUCUCCCACGGUACGAGAGAGAGCUUGGCUAGAUAAAUGAUAGACGGUCGAAAAAAGAAGCGAACGAUGCUUCUCUCUCGUUCCAUGCUCACAAAUUGAUGUGAUAGAUGCUCU